GUGAAAUUAGCCACCUGCGGACCAAUAAGAAAAGUUGUUACAUACUCAAUCGGGGUAGUUGCCAGGCGAUAGGAAAACAAAGAUGGCGGCUCUCUGUUGAUUGUUACUCAGAUUUUUUCCAAUUUUUGUGACAUAUUCACUUGAAAAAAGGCCAACUGAAGAACCCUGAGCAGCGGAAUGACGUCCAUUUCUUCCCCCGGAGGCCCCACGGAGGUCAUCAACGCCCGGCGGACUGAGUCGCUGGACGCCCCCAGGAUUGAACAGCUGUCCACCAGCUCCACCGAGCAGCUGUUUGGGAGGGUCAACGUCGUCAGUGUCAUAGAGAAGGCAAACUUGGCCGUGACAUUGUGUAACGAGCAGGACGACAUCCUGGGCCAUGCAGCGCUGUACGACUACCCAAACACCACCGAGGCUGACCAGGCAGAAUGGCAGCAAUGGCUCAGUCAGAACUACGACACAGCAAACUGCACUCCCCUGAACAGCCUGUUUGUCCACUACUUUGUGGCCAGGAAGGAAUAUGCCCAUGGCUGUGCUCAGGAGAUCAUCAGGACAAUCUUCAAUGCAGUUCCAGACCUGCAUUUCUGCUUCUUGGUGGUACCUCAGGGGGUCUUCCCAGAGCCUGCUCUGUCUGCCAUCUUCAAGCCCAUGGACAAGAUGGAGGAUGCUAAAGGCCCAGACGGCUGCUCCAUCUUUGUCUCCCACCGACAUGAGCAGGCACCUGUGUUACAUGUCAGGAAGGCCAGGGUGGAGGACCAUGAUGACCUCACACCCAUCUUCAACCGCCAGAGCGACGUCCUCAGUACCAAAUAUGGAGACUACUUCCUGGCUGAACUGAUCGAGGCUCAGGACGACAACAAUCACUGUGUCAUCGCAGAGGUUGAAGGCACUGCUGUUGGCUUCAUGAGUAUAUCCAAUGAAGUUAACACGUCGCUUCUUGCGGAGUGUUUUGAGUUGGGCCCCUUCCAUGGGCUGUGCACUCCGCAUCCUGAUGAUAUUUUGGAACCCCCCAGAGAGCCCACCCCUCCCCCUGCUGUUCCAGAACCCUCCGAGACAGCCCCCACCACAGCUGACCAGAGACCCAGCUCUGCAGCUUCACAGGCUUCUGCCAAAUCUAAGAGGUCGGAAACAGCGAUGACUGGGGAAACAUCAGAAGCAACAAAAGAAGCACCCGAAAAAGCAGCUGCCCCGUCACCUGCCCCGUCAGUAACUGGCACACCCCAGGCUGGAAAAAGGUCGUCAAAAGGGAGCAUCGCAGAUGUCUCAGAGCUGAAGGUGAAGCCAAAGCUGAGUGAGGCUCACAUGGGGGAGAGCUCCUCCUCACUGCUGAGUGAAUCCAGUAGAGCCACAAGUGUCAUGUCAGAGGCUUCAAAGGUUGGUUCAGUGAAGUCUGCUGCAAGCAGGGCAGAGCUGGCACCCCCCACCACGGCCCCUGACCAGCGGUCUCCCUCCCCUGGACUGGAACCCCCCUUCCUGCCCCCCAGGUUUACCCCCGUGUACAAGGGGGGAUCCAAUGCCUUCUGUAUCCACCUGUUCUGCAUCGAUGAACGGUUUGAGAUGAGGUCGCAGGACUUCCUGCCGUACAUCUUCAGCCUGUUCCCAGAGAAGGACUUUGUGGUGAUGACCGUGCCUCACCUGGUCCCAGAGUUCCCCCUGCUGCAGAACUUUGUGCGGGUGACCCCACGUGUGCCCAGUAUCUUGGCAGAGGAGCUGUAUGUUUUCCACAGGGCAGGCCUGCUCAAGGAUUUUGUGGUACGUCCUGCUACAUCAGAGGACACUUCUGGAGUGGAAGGACUAGUCCAAUCUGUUGAGGGGAGGGAACAGCUACUGAAGGAUCUUCAGCAGUACAACGAGGCCAGGAGGGACCCUGAUGGUACUGAGAUCCAGACCUAUGUUGCCGUGAGCCAGCAGCAAGUUGUGGGUGUGGUCAUCCUCAGGAGAGAGGAGAAUGUGGAGUAUAUCCGGUCACACUACAACGUGGAGGACUUCAUCUACUACAACCACCACGCACGCUCGGAGCACGGGCACAUCCACCACCUGGCACUGAACCCCAUCUUCCAACACUACUCCAAACACUUCCUCAAGGAGGUCCUGCGUUUGUCUCAUAAGUCCUGCCUGUACUACCCCAUCUACCCGCCAUAUGCACCAAAGGAGAUGCUAGCUCACCAUUCGCUGAUCACAGCACUGAAUGAGAUGGUUCCUGUGCGCGCCCGACGACAGAUCGUGUACCCCCUGGAGCGCCUCGGGAUCAAUGCCCCCUCCCACAGGGUCUCCAAACAACAGGAAUUCUAUGCUGUUAACCACAUCAACAGAAAACUUACCCUGGAACCCAAGGUGACCAUCAAUGCCAGGAUUGUCGUGGUUGGUGCGUCUGACGUUGGCUUGUCGUACCUGGAGACUCUGGCGUUCUGUCCUCACCUGCGCUUCAACAACAUCACCCUGGUCUCCACCCACGGCCUGCCUGGGGAGAUGGCACCCGACAGCCUCAGGGACAACCUGUUGGGGAAGAGCCACUGUUACCUGCACGAGGACCACAGCCUGUCGUCGCUGAGGUCAUGGGUCAACGUGGUGUUUGGCAAGAUGGUGGCCAUCAACCGCCAGACAAAACACGUGAUCGUGGCGGGCGGAACCAAGGUGCCUUACGACCACCUGGUGCUGUGCACGGGGCAGCAGUACCAGGUACCAGCACCAACAGAAGCGGACAUUAACCAGGAGGAGAUGACCAACGCUACGCUGCCCAACAAUCCGCACCGUCGCUUCCUCGGGGAGGGCCCGAGGAACGUGAUGACUGUCAACGACAGCCACGACGCAGCCUCCAUGCUGCACACGCUCCGCUACGACUUCCUCAACACUGAAGGUCAGCUGAUUGUGUAUGGGAACACGCUGGAUGCAUACACAUGCGUACAGACCGUCCUGGCACUGGGCGUGGACGGUUCCCGGAUCCACCUGGUGGAGCCGCCCCUGAAGCCACACGAGCCGACCUGCUUCAACAACCCGCUGGUCGAGCAGGGGGUGCGGAACGAGCUGUCGCAGGCAGGCGUGCUGAUGCAUUCUGGGUACUUCCUGGCCCAGUGGAAUGAUGGGAUGGGAGGCGAUCUUGUUCAGUCUGCCUGUUUCACAUCCAAAGCAGAGCCACUCAGGCUGGAGUGUUCGUUUUUCCUCAGCUUCUUCCAGAAGAUGGUAGAUUAUGAUGCCUUCAAAGCUGUGAAUGAUGCCUGCCUGGUGUAUGAUGGGAAGCUCGUGAUUGACUCCACGUUCCACACGAAUGACUCGUGCAUCAGGGCCGCAGGGCCGCUCACCAAGUUUGCCCGCAGAUACCACGCUGACCAAUGCUGCUUGUGUUUAUCUGUUUUAAUCCCCCCACCCCAGCCAAUCGAGAACACCAACCUGAUCUGUCUGUACGGAGUCCACGAGCGCUACCUGAACAACCUGGUCUCCCGCUUUGACGAGGCUGUUCUGCCAGGGGGAGUAAACUAUGUACAUGUGGGCAAACCCAACGUGAAGGUGUCUCUGGACACGUACAUGUCAUCUGGUGACUAUGGGAGAGAACUGAUCACAGGCAGCGUGGAGGGAGGUGACUUCUUCCGCCUUCACAUCAACCAGUACAGAACAGUGGAGACCAUCACCUGCUACUCCAAACAGCCAAUCGAGAACACCAACCUGAUCUGUCUGUACGGAGUCCACGAGCGCUACCUGAACAACCUGGUCUCCCGCUUUGACGAGGGUCUCAUCAAGGACUUCUACAGUUACUUCCAGGAGCCAUGGUGCCUGGCGAUCUUCCACGACCGCUUUUCAGACUUCCGACACGAAGUGCGAGAAAUCUUGCUCAACAGACCGACAACAGAUGAGGAGUCACUGGAGGAACAAGUCCGACAGAUGAUCGAUGAGGACCUGGUGUUGAGUAAAGAGCAGAGACGUCACCUGGUGGACAACUUUAAGGACUCGGGAGCCAAGCGGUCGGUGGAGACGAGACUCCUGAGUUACCUGAGCUACAACUAUUACCACCUGCCCAUGUACGCCAAGCCUGGCAUGGUGUGAGACCUCGACUAGAAACACCUGGUGUGAGACCACCUCUAGAAACACCUAGUGUUGUUAGCCCUUAGGAUUAUUAUUCAGAAAUGUCUAUAUCGUUGUGUAUAUUUGUCGGUAUUUCUGUAACCUUGCAUUUGUGGCUAAUGCCAUUCUUCUUAUCUUUAAAACUCACCCUACCAAAUUAAGAUAGAGGGUAAAACCUAAGCUUCCAGCUUAAAUAACUCAGAUGAUUCAUUCCAAGAGGAUGGUGACUCAAAUCCAGACUUUUUAAAAAUGUAACGAUCAAUGGAAUGCCAUCUUACAGAUUCCUCUCUUAUUUCCAAGGUCAAUGGAGAAGUUAUAAUUUUGGUGUAAUUAUGAUAAUGCAGUUUAUGAAUAAGAUGCUUUUUUAAGACUUACGAUGGACAGAUCCAUUUGUUUAGCCCUAAACUGUAAAUGUGAGAUUGAGUUUGUAAUAUAUAGCAAGCUGUGACCUGUAUGUUUGUGGCAUUGAGAACUAAGUAUUUAGACUGCUGAACCCUGUGCAUCUGCACUGUUUGAUGCCUUGUAUGAGCACUAAUGUUUACUCUGAAAGAUUUGUACAGCACUGAUGAAAUAAAGAAUUACAACAAAGAUGCAAACAGAACUUGGCGUUUUGAGAAUCCAACAUAGAAUUUUACCAAAUUAAAACUGACAUGUUACACCUUUCAUUAAGUAUUACUAACACAAACAAAACUGCAAAGCGAAGGUUGUGAAGUAUACUUGUAUUUUAAUGAUGUAUAUAGUGCCUUCUGACAUCUCAAUGACUUCCAUCUGCAAAGGUUUACAAGUCAUCCAACAGACUGUGUUAGUCUUGUUUACAGUCCAAGGCUCUCUUCAAACAACAAAACCAAAGUACAUAGCUUUCAUUAAAUAUUAACGUCAAAAGAACGUCAUAGCAUGACUGAUUGUACAAAAGGGAUUUCAAGAUCUUUAAAUACAAAAAUUAGAUUAAAAGGCAAAAAUUUGUGGGUAAAAAUACUUAGGUCUAUAUAUAAAAGGUGGGUACACUAAUAAAGUGUCGCUAUGCUACAGAUGACAUAUGGUACAGUGUCCCAUCUGUGCAGUGCUGUUAUAAAAUGCUUUAAAAACAAGCAUUCUGAGGUAAGGAUAAACAAACACUUAAGCCAUACAGACACUGUCAACAGCGGUAGAUAUACACGUUAAAAACAUGCUGUAUAGCCUUAUCAUAGCCAUGUGUAUGAGGAUCAAUUCUGAUGCAUUAAACAAUCUUAAUACCAUACAUUUCCACAGGUAUGAGAUACAGCAAGCACUUCAAAUUCCUUUACAUUUACAUUAUGUGUAAAAACAGUUCAGGGAAUUCAUCCUGUCAAAAUCCACUUUAACCAGAUUUGAGAAGCUGUAUAAAAACCUGUAAAACUGCAAGAAAAACUUGCAUAGGUUAAAAAGGAGCCCAAAUUGGGCUUCGUGAUUCUGUUUGUAAUUGUUUGGCCUGGAGUUGAUGAUGUGCAAUCAUCAGGGCAUGAUCAGAAUAAUGUUAGGUAAGCUAAGGUAAACACACAUGGUACACAACAGCACAUCACAGCCAUCUAUGGCUGAGUAUAGUGGACAAAAUACUGGCCUUCCUUCCUCCACAAAUCACACCUAUUUCUUCUGAUGACGAUCACUCGCCAUUUCUUGUCCAACAUUGUGAUUGUGCUUUUCAAUUUGCACACACCUAGAGCUAUGCAGUAAUCAAUGACAUUCAUCGAUCAGUUGAUAUGGCUCACAAACCAUAAUUAAAUGUUGAUAGCAUCAAGCAAGAAAUGUUGUAAAGUUG